AUGCCAGUAGAACUCCGCAAGAGAAAGGAGGCUCCACCUCCACCUCCACCCGCAAAGAAACGCGCCCCAUCCAAGUCCAAGGACAAGAAGGACGCGCCUGCGAAACCAUCUAAAGCCGCCGCGGCCAAAGCUCCAGAGAAUGCUGUUGUAGCUGAGGAUGCGCCGAAAGCAGCAGCAGAAGCGCCUGCAACCAAAGGCGGCGCGCCAAAAGUCGGCGGCGCGCCAAAAGUCGGCGACGCAAUCGCGCUCAAAGACUUCGGCGGAGAAAUCCAAGACAAUGACGGCAAGAAAGUGACAUUGGCUAAAUUGGUCGAAGAAAGCAAGGCUGGCGUGGUACUCUUCACGUAUCCCAAAGCCUCGACGCCAGGAUGCACAGCCCAAGCCUGCCUCUUCCGCGACUCCUACACAUCUCUAACCUCCACCGGCCUCUCAAUCUACGGCCUCUCCACCGACUCCCCAAAAGCCAACACAACGUUCAAAGACAAGCAAAAGUUGCCGUAUCCAUUGCUAUGCGAUCCUAGCGCGACAUUGAUCGGUGCGAUUGGCAUGAAGAAAGCGCCAAAGGGAACGACGAGGGGUGUGUUUGUUGUGGAUAAGAGUGGGAAAGUACUGGCUGCUGAGCCUGGUGGACCGGCGCCGACGGUGGAGGUUGUGAAGAAAGUAGUUGCGAGUCUUGGUGGUGAUGCGGGUGCUGCUGGUGUGAAGAAGGCUGAGGAGACUGCUAAGGCG